AUGGCCUUCUUCUCAAACAUCAAACGCUUCCACCGCAACAAUGUCGCCACGAUUCGCAGCUCGCCGCUGGCUGAGGUCUCCGGCGCGCUCGGCGAUCUCGGCACCCUCCUACCACUCAUGAUCACCCUGGCCGUAAACGGGUCCAUUUCUCUCUCGACGACGCUCGUUUUAUCGGGCUUCUUUAACGUCGUGACCGGAGUCGUGGUUUGGGAUCCCUUUACCUGUGCAGCCCAUGAAGGUAUUUUACGCCAUCCAAUUAUUUACUGCGCGACGCGGCGCGCAGUUGCUAUUGCAGCAGCAGCGAUCGCCUCGCACACGUCUCAACGCGAGACUAUGGCUGCUGGGAGUGUGACGGCUGGGCUCGUGCUACUGCUCAGUAUAACUGGUCUCAUCCGUCUUGUCACCAGAGUUAUCCCCAUUCCCGUAAUCAAGGGCAUUCAGUUUGGAGCCGGGCUAUCGCUCGUGAUUUCCGCAGGUUCAUCUCUUCUGCAGAAGCUGAAUCCUGUCUGGCAACAACCCCUCGAUAAUCAUGUCUGGGCGUUAGCUGCCUUCCUAUUCCUAAUACUGACUCAACGGCGCACUCGUUUCCCCUUUGCACUGAUCAUGUUCGUGAUCGGCCUUGCCAUUGCCUUAGUCCGCGUCGCUGUGAGUCGAGAGAUGAACAUGCCACGAGUACACAUCUGGAAUCCAUAUUUUAUUCUGCCGAACUGGAGUUCUGAUGCCAUUGGCAUGGGCAUCGCGCAACUCCCUUUGACGACCCUGAACUCUGUUAUUGCUGUCAGUGCUCUUGCUUCGGACUUGCUUCCUAAUCUACCGUCCCCGAGUGUAACGGCCGUCGGCAUCAGCGUGGCAGCGAUGAACUUGUCCGGCUGCUGGUUCGGCGCUAUGCCUGUAUGUCACGGGUCAGGGGGCCUCGCAGCGCAAUACCGUUUCGGCGCACGUAGCGGAGCCAGUGUGAUUCUCCUGGGCGCCUUCAAGGUUGUUCUCGGUGUUGUUUUUGGGGAAUCACUACUCGACCUGUUGCAAACGUUCCCACGAAGUUUGCUAGGAAUUAUGGUUCUUGCUUCUGGCCUAGAGCUUGCCAGAGUAGGACAGAGUCUAAAUCAUGGUGCUUCCGAUUUGUGGGAGGCAUCGUUAGAGGAAGAUGGUAGCGGAAGGGUUGGAAAGCGCCAUCGUACCGUUAGUGACGAGGAGCGCGCACGGCGAUGGAAUGUAAUGCUUAUUACUACAGCCGGUAUUCUGGCUUUCAAGAAUGAUGCCGUUGGAUUCAUCGCUGGAACGUUGUGCCAUUACGCCUACCAGUUCACCGACUGGGCGGAGGCUAAAUUGCAUGCGCAUAGAUAUGGCUCGUCUGAGAGAACACCAUUGCUACAGCCCUAG